CCCAGGUGUUCCCAUUCCCUGAUCAGAACUAAAGACAGACCACUCAACAUGAGGUUUGGGCUCAGCUGGGUUUUCCUUGUUGCUAUUGUAAGAGGUGUCCAGUGUGAGGUACAGCUGGUGGAGUCCGGGGGAGGCUUGGUGCAGCCUGGCGGGUCUCUGAGACUCUCCUGUGCAGCCUCUGGAUUCACCUUCAGUAGCUACUGGAUGAACUGGGUCCGCCAGGCUCCAGGGAAGGGGCUGGAGUGGAUUUCUACUAUUACUCAGACUGAUGGUAGCACAUACUACGCAGACUCUGUGAAGGGCCGAUUCACCAUCUCCAGAGACAACGCCAAGAACAUGCUGUAUCUGCAAAUGAACAGCUUGAGAUCUGAGGACACGACCAUGUAUUACUGUGCAACACACACAGUGAGGGAAAGUGUCCAGUGUGAGGUGCAGCUGGUGGAGUCUGGGGGAGGCUUGGCACAGCCUGGUGGGUCUCUGAGACUCUCCUGUGCAGCCUCUGGAUUCACCUUCAGUAGCUACUGGAUGAGCUGGGUCUGCCAGGCUCCAGGGAAAGGGCUUGAGUGGGUGGGUAUAAUUAAUACUGAUGGUGGUACCACAAACUAUGCAAACUCUGUAAAAGGCCGAUUCACCAUCUCCAGAGACAACGCCAAGAACACACUGUAUCUACAAAUGAACAGUCUGAGAACCGAGGACACGGCUGUGUAUUACUGUGCAAGACACACAGUGAGGGGAAGUCAGUGUGAGCUCAGACACAAACCUCCCUGA